AUGGCAUUAAGAAAUAAAUCAAUUAUUUUAUUUGUUCUUAUUGCUAUCUACUUUAUAUCAACGUCAUCUGCUAAUGUUUGUCCUCCUACGUCAGUUCCGGACGGAGGAGCAUCAUAUUCUUCUCUGACAACCUUUCUACCGGAGACGUGUAAAUACCCAGUACCUCCUCAAGCACCGGGUAUCUGGAAUCGUAAAACAGAUUCAACGGUUCACAAUAAUCUCAAUAAAUUGAAAGUGCAAAUAACGGAAGAAUUAUCUAAAAAAUCUACAAGAUCUCAAUAUCUUCUGAAUAUAGUCGUGAACUCGUGA